AUGUCGAACCGGAAGAAGGUGGCAUACUUCCACGACCCCGAUGUAGGGAGUUAUUACUACGGAGCAGGCCAUCCGAUGAAGCCACAGAGAAUCCGAAUGACACACUCGCUAAUCGUGUCGUACAAUUUAUACAAAUACAUGGAGGUGUACAGACCACACAAGAGUGAUGUGAACGAGUUGACUCUCUUCCAUGAUUACGAAUAUGUAGAUUUCUUAUCUUCCAUUUCCAUGGAAAAUUAUCGUGAUUUCACAUGCCAAUUGAAACGUUUCAAUGUAGGAGAAGCGACAGACUGUCCUGUCUUUGAUGGGUUAUUCCAAUUUCAGCAGUCGUGUGCAGGUGCAUCCAUAGAUGGAGCUUCUAAGCUGAACCACCACUGUGCUGAUAUCUGUGUAAAUUGGUCUGGAGGAUUACACCAUGCAAAGAUGUCAGAAGCUAGUGGCUUCUGCUAUAUUAACGACAUAGUUCUAGGUAUUCUUGAAUUGCUGAAAUACCAUGCACGGGUGAUGUACAUAGAUAUAGAUGUUCACCACGGGGAUGGUGUAGAAGAAGCUUUUUAUGUUACUCAUCGGGUUAUGACCGUAUCCUUUCAUAAGUUUGGAGAUUAUUUUCCUGGCACAGGAGAUAUUACCGAUAUCGGAGUACAUCAUGGAAAGUAUUACAGUGUUAAUGUGCCCUUGAAUGAUGGCAUAACGGAUGAUGCCUUCGUUGAUUUAUUCAAAGCGGUUAUAGAUAAAUGUGUUCAAACAUACAGACCAGGGGCAAUUAUACUACAGUGCGGAGCGGAUAGUCUUACAGGUGACAGAUUAGGAAGAUUCAAUUUAACGAUAAAAGGGCAUGCCAGAUGUGUGGAGCAUGUUCGAUCGUAUAAUAUACCUCUCCUUGUUUUAGGUGGAGGAGGAUAUACCAUUAGAAAUGUAUCAAGGUGUUGGGCGUACGAAACAGGUGUUGUCUUAAACAAACACCAUGAAAUGCCAGACCAAAUAAGCUUGAAUGACUACUACGAUUAUUAUGCUCCAGAUUUCCAACUACAUCUGCAACCAUCGAGUAUACCUAAUUAUAACUCUCCUGAACACUUGAGUCGCAUAAAAAUAAAAAUUGCGGAAAAUUUGCGGAACAUAGAACAUGCACCGGGGGUUCAGUUUGCCUAUGUACCUCCCGACUUCUUCGAUUCAGAAAUUGAUGAUGAGUGUGAUAAAAACCAGUAUGAGUUGAAGGAUGAUAGUGGCGGAGGUCGCGCGCCAGGUACCAGGUCAAAGGAACACUCUACCACGCACCACUUGCGCAGGAAGAAUUACGAGGACGAUUUUUUCGACCUCUCCGACAGGGACCAGAACAUCGUCCUGUAG